GUGACUUGUAGGAGUAGAAGAAAAAGUGGAGAUACUGCACAUCUCUAAAAAAAAUAAUCUUGAUCAUGAUGGCAAAAGAGAAAAGAGGACCUAUAGAAGGAUCUAUUCAUAAAAGAGCACCUCAAAGACCAGCUACAGUACCUACUGAUAUUUAUGUGUCCAACAAGACAAAGACAGCAGCAAUUAUUAAACGAGUAACAAGACUCAUGUUAAAAGAAAAUCAUCAACAUGUUACACUUCAUGGUUUAGGUGCCAUGGUUAUACGUGCUAGUUCAAUGGCUUUAGCAGUACAACAAGCCUUGGAAAAUCAAGUUUUAUUGAAACCUAAAACAGAGACAGUUCAGCUGAUAGACGAUAUCAUACCCGAAGAUAUGGACAAGGAUCUAGAGACACAAAAAAGAGCCAAUUCAGUCAUUCAUAUUCAAAUAGAAGCCACGGCAGGGCUAGCAGCACUUCAAAAGAAAACAGGCAAAAUUAUCCAUCAUCCUUCUCGUAACAGAAGGAGUAGAAAAUGGCAGUAAUUUAUUUCUGUAGAUGAGAUAAAAGCAAUAAAGCUUCAUUUUGAAGGUGCAGGUCAGUAGGAUAUGUCUCUGGCUUAAGAAUAGGUGUAAUAACACGAUCCAUGACCAUACUGCCUAGUCUAUCCAGGUGUAUUUUGGGAAUAUGUCUACGCCAUACCAUUAAUGUCUUGAGGUAUUUACAUUGGCUCCAAAAGAAUCGAUGUUUGGCUUGUAUAGAUGCCUCAUCCAAGUUCGAUUUGGGAAUAGCAGUGGCAAUAGGCUCAAUAAAACGAGAUAAUUGCUUAUCGAGUGUGUCUACAAUA